ACAUGACCACAUUAGCCAAUUUUACACAAACACUGGAGGAUGUCUUCAGAAAGGUUUUCAUUACUUAUAUGGAUAACUGGAGGAAGAACACGACGGCCGAAGAGCAGGCGCUUCAGGCCAGAGUCGAUGCUGAGAACUUCUACUACGUCAUCCUGUACCUCAUGGUGAUGAUUGGCAUGUUCUCCUUCAUCGUGGUGGCCAUCCUGGUGAGCACGGUGAAGUCGAAGCGGCGGGAGCACUCCCAGGACCCCUACCACCAGUACAUCGUGGAGGACUGGCAAGAGAAGUACAAAAGUCAGAUCUUGCAUCUGGAAGAACCCAAGGCCACCAUUCAUGAGAACACAGGGGCAACAGGGUUCUCAGGGUCGCCCUGA